UGUGCGUUUUCGGACAUGCGGAGGUUACUGGAACCGUGUUGGUGGAUUUUGUUCCUGAAAAUCACCAGUUCUGUGCUCCAUUAUGUCGUGUGCUUCCCGGCAUUGACUGAAGGCUACGUUGGGACCCUGCAUGAGAACAGACAGGGCAGCUCUGUGCAAAUCCGCAGACGCAAGGCUUCCGGAGACCCAUACUGGGCCUACUCUGGUGCCUAUGGUCCCGAGCACUGGGUCACCUCUAGUGUCAGCUGCAGAGGCCAUCACCAGUCUCCUAUCGACAUCUCAGACCAGCAUGCACGUGUCGGGGAAGAAUACCAGGAGCUGCAGCUUGAUGGCUUUGACAAUGAGUCCUCUAACAAAACCUGGAUGAAAAACACAGGGAAAACAGUUGCCAUUCUUCUGAAAGAUGACUAUUUUGUCAGUGGUGCAGGCCUGCCUGGCAGAUUCAAAGCUGAGAAGGUGGAAUUCCACUGGGGUCACAGCAAUGGCUCAGCUGGCUCCGAACACAGUAUCAACGGCCGGAGGUUUCCCGUUGAGAUGCAGAUUUUCUUUUACAAUCCAGACGACUUUGACGCCUUUCAAACUGCCAUUUCAGAGAAUAGAAUAAUUGGAGCCAUGGCCAUAUUUUUUCAAGUCAGUCCGAGGGACAAUUCUGCGCUGGAUCCUAUUAUCCACGGGUUGAAGGGUGUCGUACAUCAUGAGAAAGAGACCUUCCUGGAUCCCUUUGUCCUCCGGGACCUCCUGCCUUCAUCCCUGGGCAGCUAUUACCGAUACACAGGUUCUUUGACCACACCCCCGUGUAGUGAAAUCGUGGAAUGGAUCGUCUUCCGGAAGCCCGUCCCCAUCUCCUACCAUCAGCUCGAGGCAUUCUAUUCCAUCUUUACCACGGAGCAGCAAGAUCACGUCAAGUCAGUGGAGUACCUGAGGAAUAACUUCCGACCACAGCAGGCUCUCAAUGACCGGGUGGUGUCCAAGUCAGCAGUCCGUGAUGCCUGGAACCAUGACAUGGCAGACUUCCUGGACAACCCUUUGGGGACAGAAGCUUCUAAAGUCUGCAGCUCCCCGCCCGUGCACAUGAAGGUGCAGCCACUGAACCAGACGGCGCUGCAGGUGUCCUGGAGCCAGCCGGAGACCGUCUACCACCCUCCCAUCAUGAACUACGUCAUCUCCUACAGCUGGACCAAGAAUGAGGACGAGAAGGAGAAGACGUUUACCAAGGACAGUGACAAAGACUUGAAAGCCACCAUCAGCCACGUCUCACCUGAUAGCCUCUACCUGUUCCGGGUCCAGGCUGUGUGCCGGAAUGACAUGCGCAGUGACUUCAGCCAGACCAUGCUCUUUCAAGCUAAUACCACUCGAAUAUUCCAAGGGACCAGAAUUGUGAAAACAGGAGUGCCCACAGCCUCACCUGCCUCUUCCGCGGACAUGGCACCCAUCAGCUCGGGCUCCUCCACCUGGACCUCCUCUGGCAUCCCCUUCUCCUUUGUUUCCAUGGCAACUGGGAUGGGCCCUUCCUCCAGCGGCAGCCAGGCCACCGUGGCAUCGGUGGUCACCAGCACACUCCUGGCCGGCCUGGGCUUCGGCGGUGGUGGCAUCUCUUCAUUCCCCAGCACCGUGUGGCCCACACGCCUCCCAACAGCUGCAGCCGCCACUGCAGGGGCCAGCAAGCAGGCUGGCAGACCUGUCCUGGCCACGACGGAGGCCUUGGCUUCCCCAGGCCCUGAUGGCGACUCAGCACCAACCAAGGACGGCGAGGGUACAGAGGAGGGGGAGAAGGAUGACAAGAGUGAGGGGGAAGAGGGAGAACACGAGGAGGAAGGUGAGAAGGACUCGGAGAAGAAAGAGAAGAAUGCGGUGACCCACGCGUCUCAGGAACAGAAUGAGACGGAGGCCAGCCCCACUCACGUGGCUCCGGGAAGGACUGGGGAGCAGGGCGGCCGUCAGACUAUACCUGGGCACGGACAGGAGCACACUGCCAUCGCCACGGAGCAGCCGGGCACCGCGCAGGACGUAGCCCCAGACCUGGAAUCAGACGUGGUCACCUCCACCCAGGAGUCCCCCACAGCCACAGAGGAACAACCCUGGAGUGGCCCAGAGAUGCCAUCUAAGAAGCCCGUGUCCCGAGGGGACCGUUUUUCUGAGGACAGCAGAUUUAUAACCGUCAACCCAGCAGAAAAGAACAGCUCUGGAAUGAUAAGCCGCCCUUCUCCGGGGAGGAUGGAGUGGAUCAUCCCUUUGAUCGUGGUAUCAGCCUUGACCUUCGUGUGCCUCAUCCUUCUCAUUGCUGUGCUAGUUUACUGGAGAGGGUGUAACAAAGUAAAGUCCAAGGGCUUUCCCAGACGUUUCCGUGAAGUGCCUUCUUGGGAGAGAGGAGAGAAGGGGAGCAGAAAAUGUUUUCAGACAGCUCAUUUCUACGUGGAAGAUAGCAGCUCUCCACGGGUAGUCCCCAAUGAGAGUAUCCCAAUCAUUGCCAUUCCAGAUGACAUGGAAGCCAUUCCUGUCAAACAGUUUGUGAAACACGUUGGUGAGCUCUAUUCUAAUAACCAGCAUGGGUUCUCCGAGGAUUUUGAGGAAGUGCAGCGCUGUACGGCCGACAUGAACAUCACUGCGGAACAUUCCAACCAUCCGGAUAACAAGCACAAAAACCGCUACAUCAACAUUUUAGCAUACGAUCACAGCAGAGUGAAGUUAAGACCUCUACCAGGAAAGGACUCGAAGCACAGUGACUACAUCAACGCAAACUAUGUCGAUGGUUACAACAAAGCGAAAGCCUACAUUGCUACCCAGGGACCUUUAAAGUCUACAUUUGAAGAUUUCUGGAGGAUGAUUUGGGAGCAAAACACCGGAAUCAUCAUCAUGAUUACAAACCUUGUGGAAAAAGGAAGACGAAAAUGUGAUCAAUACUGGCCAACGGAGAACAGUGAGGAGUAUGGAAACAUUAUCGUCACACUGAAGAGCACAAAAGUACAUGCCUGCUAUACUGUUCGUCGUUUCUCCAUCAGAAACACGAAAAUGAAAAAGGGUCAGAAGGGAAAUCCCAAGGGCCGUCAGAACGAGAGGGUCGUGAUCCAGUAUCACUACACUCAGUGGCCUGACAUGGGGGUUCCUGAAUAUGCCCUUCCGGUCCUGACUUUCGUGAGGAGGUCCUCUGCAGCCCGGAUGCCAGACAUGGGGCCAGUGCUGGUACACUGCAGUGCCGGUGUUGGCAGGACAGGUACCUACAUUGUAAUAGACAGCAUGCUGCAGCAGAUCAAAGACAAAAGCACAGUCAACGUCCUGGGAUUCCUGAAGCACAUCAGGACACAGCGCAACUACCUCGUGCAGACGGAGGAGCAGUACAUCUUCAUCCAUGAUGCCUUGUUGGAAGCCAUUCUGGGAAAGGAGACUGAAGUAUCCUCCAGUCAGCUGCACAGCUAUGUCAACAGCAUCCUUAUACCAGGAGUAGGAGGAAAAACAAGACUGGAGAAGCAAUUUAAGCUCGUCACACAAUGUAACGCCAAGUAUGUGGAAUGCUUUAGUGCCCAGAAAGAGUGUAACAAAGAAAAGAACAGGAACUCUUCAGUCGUGCCAUCUGAGCGUGCUCGAGUGGGUCUCGCGCCGGUGCCUGGAAUGAAAGGAACAGAUUAUAUUAAUGCUUCUUACAUCAUGGGCUAUUAUAGGAGCAAUGAAUUUAUUAUAACCCAGCAUCCUUUGCCACAUACUACGAAAGAUUUCUGGCGAAUGAUCUGGGAUCAUAAUGCACAGAUCAUUGUCAUGCUGCCAGACAACCAGAGCUUGGCAGAAGAUGAGUUUGUGUACUGGCCCAGUCGAGAGGAAUCCAUGAACUGCGAGGCCUUUACGGUCACCCUUAUCAGCAAAGACAGACUGUGCCUCUCUAACGAAGAGCAAAUCAUCAUCCAUGACUUCAUCCUUGAAGCUACACAGGAUGACUACGUCCUAGAAGUUCGACACUUUCAGUGUCCCAAAUGGCCAAAUCCAGAUGCCCCCAUAAGCAGUACCUUUGAACUGAUCAAUGUUAUCAAGGAAGAGGCCUUAACACGGGAUGGCCCCACCAUUGUUCAUGACGAGUAUGGAGCGGUUUCAGCAGGAAUGUUAUGUGCCCUUACCACCCUAUCCCAGCAACUGGAGAAUGAAAAUGCUGUGGAUGUUUUCCAGGUUGCAAAAAUGAUCAAUCUUAUGAGGCCUGGUGUAUUCACAGACAUUGAACAAUACCAGUUUGUCUAUAAGGCUAUGCUCAGCUUGGUCAGCACGAAAGAAAAUGGAAACGGUCCCAUGACGGUGGACACAAAUGGUGCUGUUCUAAUCGCCGAGGAGUCAGACCCUGCGGAGAGCAUGGAGUCUCUGGUGUGAUUGGAAUGCCGAGAGGGCACUGAAUUUGUAAACUUCUUGGAGACUGACAACUUUUUUGAGGCCUUUUUUGCCAGACUCUAGGUUAUACAAUAACCCAGUUACUUUUUUACACUGAUAAAAGUUUUGAUAUUUA